AUGUAUAGGUUAGCUAUAUGUGCGGCUUCAAGUGCAUUUAUUGGAUUGGUCUUCUUCGUCGUUGGUCUCAUCGGCGUUGCUAAUGAAUCGGUAUACUCGAGAGCUCGCGAUUGGAUAUUUUUGAGUUUUGGUUUGGCGAUGCUCACGAUUGGUUUCUCACUGUUGCUGUUGUGUCGAAUCCGAAUAAAUAUAGCACGUCAGCGACAAACACAAAGCAGACACAGACGCCAUCGACGAAGGGGCACAAGGCCCGUGAAUGGUCAUGAUCCUUUAUCUGUCUGGGCCACUGAUUUAUCCGACUGGAAUUUCUACACAUCUCAACCACCACCUGACUACGUUGAAGCUUUACACUGUUCACCAUCUUUAGUCCCGCAACGCCGGGCAACUGUAUCAGCUGCAAAUCCCCCACCUUAUGCGCCAUCGGAAGGGGUGACACGUCAACAAUCGAGGUCAACACUCAUUUAA